AUGUCUUCCUCCUCUUCUAGCAGCCACAGACUCAAACGCAAAGCGGGUGAGAUGGAGGACGAAUCCCCAAUACAACCUCGAUGUAUCGACGUCGACCCAGAAGGCAAAGUGUUGGUCAGUAUUGGCAAGGGUGACGCUGCUCGUACUAUCCGGGUCGCAGGUCCUCUGAUCGGUCACGCUGCACCUAGCUUCGGGCCAUUAUCCUCGGCACCUGUCGAAGGGGGUGACAGAUUUAUUAGAGGGGAGAACGGCAGCCCAGAGGUCUAUCUGGACUUCUUCAAUAUUAUCCACUACAAGCAUGCGAACGUCGGCAAAUUAACAGGACAGAGCCUGAGACAACUUGCCGAGCUCGCCAGCAGCAAUUGGUGUGUUGAGGUUUUCAAGCCAGUUAUUGCCGACAGGCUCUUUCCCGUCAUUCAUGAGAUCAAGAAUGCGUCCAAUGAUCCAACAGGAAUGAAGAGUAUCAUAUACACACUGAAGCAGCAUCAAGUCACGUUCGAGGAGCUGUUGGACAUUGCUGCGCUCUGCAAGAUGAAGGAACUGUUCUGGAGGUCUAGUAAGGUCGCAGUUGCACAGACUCCUGAACCGCUCCAACGGUCUUCAAGCAUGUGCCACGUUCCGAAUUUCAUGGCCUACGGCUAUAUCAACGUCGCACGGAAGAAGGCCGUUGCAAAUUUCCUCAUCGGCGUAUUCGAAUGCUUUCAUAACAGCCAAAUUACGGCACUGGACGAGGAAGAUGCUAGUGAAAGCCUCACUGUAUAUGCUACCUUCCAUCACCUCCUCCGAAAGGAAGAGAUCGUCGCCCACAAGCUCCGCGAUUACGAGGGCACAACUGGUCCAGGCCAUUGA